GCAGCGCAGCUCCGACCAUCCGACACCCCGACACCAGCAUGACGACCCCUGGCAGACCCGACACCCACGUCUCACGUGUCUACAGGGGCACAUUUGUGCACUCAACUCCGGACAAGGCUUUGCAAGUGCUGGAGGAUGCGCUCCUGGGAGUGGGCUCGAAUGGAAAGAUUGCCUUCAUCGGGACCGGCCCGGAGUUAAACAAACUGUCUCAAACGUUUGGAUUCAAGCAAUAUGAAAUCACUCAUCUAGGACCACAUGAAUUCUUCAUGCCGGGAUUGGUGGACACCCACAUCCAUGCAUCACAGUACAGCUUCGCGGGAACGGCCCUGGAUCUGCCCUUGCUGGAGUGGCUUAAUACCUACACCUUCCCCGUGGAGUCACACUUUAAAGACCUGGAGUUUGCCCGCAGGGUGUACACACGAGUAGUGAGACGAACGCUGAGAAACGGAACGACCACGGCCUGUUACUUUGCUACCAUACAUACAGACGCCUCGCUCCUGCUGGGUCAGAUUGCAAAUGACUUUGGGCAGCGCGCCUUGGUGGGCAAAGUGUGCAUGGACAGGAACAAUGCCGUGAAGCAUUACAAAGAGACUUACCAGGAGUCCAAAGAGGAAACCUCUAGGUUCAUCGGGGAGCUCCUGCAGAAGAAGUAUCCUCUAGUGAAGCCUGUGGUAACGCCACGCUUUGCCCUGUCAUGCUCAGGGGCCUUGAUGGGGCAGCUGGGAGAAAUCGCCAAGAACAACAACCUGCACAUACAGAGCCACAUCAGUGAGACCAUAGAGGAGGUCAACUGCGUCAAGGGACUCUUCCCUGAAUCAGAGUCUUACACAGAGGUCUACCACAAACACAACCUGCUCACCGACAAGACAGUCAUGGCCCACGGUUGCCACCUCAGUGAUGAAGAGCUGGUCCUAUUCAGGGAGACGGGAGCCUCUUUGUCUCACUGUCCCAACUCCAAUAUCUCUAUCUGCAGUGGAAUAUUGGACGUCCGUAAAGUUCUGAACCAUAAAGUCAAGUUGGGUCUGGGAACAGACGUGGCAGGUGGCUACUCUGCUUCUAUGCUGGAUGCUGUGAGGAGAACCCUGGACACAUCCAAAGUCCUGUCCAUCCAGAACCCAGACUACCACACGCUCACCUUUGAGGAGGUGUUCAGGUUGGCGACACUGGGAGGCAGCCAAGCCUUGUCCAUGGAUGACCAGACGGGGAACUUUGAAGUGGGGAAAGACUUUGACGCCCUGAGAGUGAAUGUCUCUGUUCCUGGUGGACCCAUCGACCUGUUUCAAACUGAUGGACCCAAGAUUCUUCUGGAGAAGUUCUUGAAUUUGGGCGAUGACCGUAACAUAGUCGAGGUGUACGUGGCCGGGAAGAAGGUGGUGCCGUUCACAGAGCCGACAGACCUGGCAGAGUAAACCCAGUAACCUCUUUGGCACCUUAUCUAUGGACUUUCAACCUCCUAACAUCUUGGAUGUUCUUUGCAAAACAGGUUUAAGAAAUGUAUUUAAGGAAUGUAGUGACGUUUUAGGUAUAGUUAUGUUUGUUUAGCAUAUAGAGUAAAAAAAAGCCUUUUAAAAGUUUACUAUUGAAGUAGCCUUAUUGCCACUUUAGAGAUGAACUAGUUGGAAACAAGUUAUUAAAAAACAAAUAUAAAACCUACAAGACCAAAAAAGUUAAUGCUUUCUUUCUGAUGUUCAAGUAAGGUUGACGUUAAUUCAUUUAAAUCUCUUGCUUAAAUCAGUAAAAUUAUUGUAGCUUAAACGAAUGUGCUUAUCACUUUAAAUUAAGGGAAUUGGUCUGUUCCUUAGAAAACAGCACUUGUUUUUUUUUUACCAAUUAUUCCAGAAAUAAAUCAUGCUGUUCUUACUUAUUCUGUGCUAAAAAUCAUUACACCUUUCUCGCAACUUGUAGCAGUCAGCCUCUUGAUGUAUUUUGUCAGUUUAUUUAAUUCAUGUCAUUAUAGCUAUUGCACUUUUUCAUAAACAUUGUGUUGUACA